UCCCUCACCCAUUAAAUUUCUUUAUUUUUUAUUUCAAAAAACAAUAUUAAAAUAACAUAAAUCCAAUUUAGCCUCCCCUUUUCGAUUUUCUCCUUCUUAAUUCCCCCUCUUUGAAAAUAAACAAAAACAAAAACAAGAAGCCCUGAAAUCUCGAUCUGAUUGUCCGAAAAUCCUCUAGCUAAAAGACCACUUUUUUUUUUCUUUUUAAUUUUCUCUCACUAGCUCGACAUCAAAACCCAGUUAAGUUAAUUUUUCCUCAACCACCGUCGGCUUUUUAAUCAGCGGCUCCGAUCUUGCAAUCAACCGAUGCAAAAUCGUCCACGAAGACAUCACUACCAUCUAUGUACGAGAUAAGGAGGUUGAAAUUGUGAAAUUUGGUGGAUGCUGCUCAUUUUUAUAAAUGCAUGUCGAGGGGGAUCUAGGGUUUUCGAGCCUGGUGGUCCUUGUUUUCUGUGUAGUGAUUAUUCCGCUGGGCUGUUUUAUAAUUAGGUGUAAAUGGCGAGGUGCGGUUGCGAGAAAGGAGGAUAUCAAGAGGCUGUUGGUUUUGGCAGCGGAGGAAGCCGCUAGGGCUGAGUUUGAGGCCGCGGCUUCAUACGGCACCGUUCCGGUGUUGACAAAUAACUAUCAAUGUGCUGUUUGUUUUUGCCCGACAACGACACGGUGUGCCCGCUGUAAAGCUGUUAGAUAUUGUUCUGGCAAGUGUCAAAUUAUCCACUGGCGACAAGGUCACAAGGAAGAAUGCCAUCCUCCUACCACUACAUAUCACAUUAACGAUGAUGGAAGUAAUCCUGGCCAGAGGGCUGCAAAGGGAGACCAACAUGAUAUUUAUGAUGGCAGACACGAGAAUAGACCAGUCGAUACAUUCUCUGUGGAGCCUGUAGUGUCUGAUUCCAAUUACUCUCCUGGAGUUUCAUUUGUAAAGGAUGAUGAUAUUAAAGUUGAUUCUGUUUUAGAUACAGAAGGAACAGAUUCCAUUUUUGAAUCAUCAGGCACCUCAUUUUCUGGAUUUUCUACUCCUACUGGCUCUUCGUUUUCUGAAUUCUCUGCUCAUUCAGGUGGUGAAUCAUCUGAUAAUGUCUCUGUAAGUGAGAGCAUCGGUUCAAAUGAAACUGAGGGAUCAGAUGGACAAAUGCCAGCUGAUACUGCUCCUGACACACUGGAGUCCAGUUUGAACAAGGUGGAUGUGACCAAGCCAUUGUCUCCAAAGUUUGCUACUUUGGUUGAUUCUGUAGAUAGUUUUAAUAAAUUGAGUAAAUCAAAUCAGAGUAAACCUCACGGAAAUGAUGGGGAGAGCCAGUGCUCAUCUAGCUCUUCAGGUCAUAGCAUCAGUGCCAGGAAUGAUGAUUCAAUCACAAAGCCAGCUAAAGUUUCUUCUGGUUUCUGGGGUAGAACCCUGGAUUCUGCUGUGUCCAGCAGUGAUACCAUGGACAGAUCUGCUAUGUCGAAUUUCACUGGCCCUGUUAACAGCAAGCGAUCAAAUGAUGAAUCAUUCAUACAUUUCAAGUUUAAUCUAUCUGGAAGUGAUGCUCCUACCCAGCAUGCAAAAAGCACAAGGGUGAAUGACAUCAUACCAGAUGAUGCACUCCCUUCCGCUUCUGAUAGAGCUCUUUCAUCAGAAAAGAAUGGUGUUGAUGCUCAAAAAGUCAAGAACUCCCCAUGCAUAAGCUGUGAAAGGUCCAGUCAUAUUGAUGUUAACUCUCGUGGUGAUUUGAAUGUUUCCAGUGAGCGUAAAUCUGUAUCAUCAUCCUCUUCUUAUGGUCAUGUUUCUUCCAGUUCUGGAGGAGUUAAAUUAGAUGCAGGUGCUUCAAAAGUAUGCAGAUCUCAAUCCUUGAUAUCUGAAAGAUCAGAUGUUGUUGUUAAUGACCCUGUUGGUGCUUUACAUCUAUCCAAGUCCAGAUUAUCAUCUAAUGCUUCUCAGACCCAUUUGACUUCUACCAUCGGUGGGCACUCAGUUUCAAGUGUGCAAUAUGGAAAUGUGGAACUGGGUGCUGCAAGUUCCUCUCAAAUGGCAAGCUCUUCUCCUAGUUCUAUUAAUGGAUUGAAGUCAUCAGUGUGGAAAGUUGUUGACCAAUUCAGAGGACCUAAAUGUGGAAGAUAUAGUAAAAAGGGCCUUUUCCCAUAUGAUUUAUUUGUAAAGUUAUACAAUUCGAGUAAGGCGGAAAUGCGACCAUGUGGUCUUAUCAACUGUGGAAACAGCUGCUAUGCUAAUGCUGUUCUACAAUGCUUGGCAUUUACUCCUCCUUUGACUUCGUUUUUUGUACAAGGGCUCCAUUCCAAAUCCUGUUUAAAUAGAGAAUGUUGCUUCUCUUGUGAGUUUGAAAGUAUAAUUUUGAAGGCAAAGGAAGGGAAAUCUCCACUUUCUCCCCUUGGCAUUCUAUCCCAACUACAGAAUAUCGGGAGUCAGCUUGGUAAUGGGAGAGAAGAAGAUGCACAUGAAUUCCUAAGGUAUGCAAUUGAUGCAAUGCAAUCUGUUUGCCUUAAGGAAGCUGGGGUAAAUGCAAUGGACUCCUUUGCAGAAGAAACCACUCUCAUAGGCCUUACAUUCGGAGGCUACCUUCACUCAAAGAUAAAAUGCAUGAAGUGCCAUUACAAGUCAGAGCGGCAAGAAAGAAUGAUGGAUCUUACUGUUGAAAUAGAGGGGAAUAUAGGGAAGCUUGAAGAUGCACUAAGACGAUUCACGAGUGCUGAGAUUCUGGAUGGAGACAACAAGUACCAAUGUGGCAGAUGCAAAUCUUACGAGAAGGCGAAGAAAAAAAUGACAAUAUUGGAGGCUCCCAAUGUCCUUACAAUCGCAUUGAAGCGCUUUCAGUCUGGUAAAUUUGGAAAGCUCAAUAAAUCUAUCCGGUUCCCAGAGAUCCUGGACUUGGCACCAUAUAUGAGUGGAACUAGUGAUAAAUCACCCAUAUACAGGCUUUAUGGGGUGAUUGUUCACUUGGAUGUCAUGAAUGCUGCAUUUUCUGGUCACUAUGUGUGCUAUGUCAAAAACAUCCAGAACAAGUGGUUCAAAAUUGAUGACAGCACAGUUACAGCUGUGGAACUUGAAAGGGUUUUAUCAAAAGGCGCAUACAUGCUUCUUUAUGCAAGGUGCUCACCAAGGGCCCCAAGAUCGAUAAGGAGCAGAAUAAUAUCUUCUGAUCCUAAAAAUAAAUGCUACACCUCCAAAAUCAAUGCAACAAACACUGCAUUGGAUUCAAGAUCCACAUCCAUGCAAUCAAGUGCUUUCCAAUUGCAUCCCGAUUCAAUUCCUCCAGAUAAUUUGGCCAGUGUUGAAUCUUUCUAUAUGAAGUUCCACCGGCUUCAGAGGAUUUUAGAAGAGGACUCAUCAAGUGACAGUUUCUCUUUUACUAGUGGCAACUCCGAUGAAGGUUCGUGCAGUACUGACAGCACCCAUGAUUCUACAAGUACUGAUGACCUUUCUGAUUACAUUUUUGGAGGUUGGAACUCUUGGCAGAAUACAUCUGAUUCGGAUACUUCUUCAUCUUCCCCCCCUUUGUACUCAAGGCAAUCACCUCAUGGUGAGAUGAACCAGCAUGGUUCAUAUGCAGAUUCAGGGGUUGGGGGUUCUGAUCUUUGGGACAGGAUACCCAGUGAGAGCAGCAAGCUGGUGUAUUUGGAAGGUAAGGGAGGAACUUUUUUGCAUUCUGACACGGCUAAACAAGGUAGAAAGUUAGCUAGUAGUAGUAGUUAUGACUCAACAAAAUUAGGAUCAGUUAACCCUUUAAAUGGUGUAAAAUCCGGGGUAUCCUUUAGAAGAACAGCGAGCGAAAGAACAGAUUGAGCAUUUAUAAGCAGGCAUUAAGUUAGAGGGGUAAAUAAGAGUUGGGAGAGAGGGGCUGUAUGUAAUGUUGUACUCCUGUAGUUGGAUUUGUUUAAAAUAGAUCGGCCAUCACCAUUUUGUCAAAUUCCUUUCCGGGAAGUCCUCAGAGUGUAUAGUGCAAGGGACCUUUUCCAAACCCCAGACAGUCCUUCACUUGAAAACAAGAUAUAUAUAUAUAUAUAUAAAAAUGAUCACAUUUUGAA